GCCAGCCAACUCACACACAGCUGUACUCACGCAGAACCUCCUAAGCCCUCACAAUGUCUCAGACUGCCAAGGCCACAGCCAGUCAGGGCACCGAUGCCAAGGAAAAGGGUGCCCCUGCCCCAAGCAGUAAGGCCACCAAGACCGGAGACCCCAGCAUGGGCAACUACAGAAUCAUGCUGUUUGAGCAGGAGAACUUCCAAGGCAGGAUGAUGGAGAUUCAGAAUGAGUGUGUGAACACAACCGAAAUCGGUCUGGACCGCGUGCGCAGUAUCCAUGUGGAAUGUGGCCCCUGGGUUGCCUUUGAGCAGACCAACUUCCGUGGUGAGAUGUUCAUCCUGGAGAAGGGGGAGUAUCCUCGCUGGGACACCUGGUCCAACAGCUACCGCAGUGACUGCCUCAUGUCCCUCCGGCCCAUUCGCAUGGACAACCAGGAGCACAAGAUCUGCCUGUACGAAAUGUCUGACUUUGAGGGCAACAAGAUGGAAAUCCAGGAGGAUGAUGUGCCCACCCUCUGGGCACAUGGCUUCUGUGAUAGGGUGGGCAGCGUGAGGGUUCCCGGAGGAGCGUGGGUGGGCUACCAGUACCCCGGAUACAGGGGCUACCAGUACCUGUUUGAGUGUGGCGAAUACAGACACUACAACGAGUUUUGUGCCUUCCAGCCUCAGAUCCAGUCCAUGCGCCGUGUGAGGGACAUGCAGUUCCACCAGCGUGGCUGCUUCACCUUCACCGAGUGAGCCGCUGCUGGAGCGGAAGCUCAGACGACGUGCUUUUUAUUUCCCAGGCUGCCCUCCGCACUGUAAUCCCCAUCUGAC